AUGUGCAACGUUCAGCGCGUUACCAACACCUGCGGCCACAUCAACGAUCACGUCCUGAUGUCCUGCUACGCCGCAAAUGGCGCGGUAGCCCGUGCAGCAACUGACCCUCAAGCCGCGGCCGCAGAAAACGUAAUCCAGAAUGCGGGCUUUCAUGCGAGAAACCAGCCAUACUGCAAAUCCAAGUCUCCUAAGGUCUUGGCUUCGCCCAAGGGCUUCAAGUGCAUGGUCCUCGGCUGUGGAAGGGCCGGUUAA